AUGUAAAGAACAUGGUGAUAUACUGGUUCGUAAAAACGUUUCUUUAAUAAUAAAUGCAAGAUUGGAACUAAAGACAAGUGACCUAUAUAUAUACAACCAUUCAGUUAUAUGGCGCAACGGGGCGGCAGACAUACCAGUACAAGUUCUCCCGCAGCGGGAGGUUCGACGUCCAAGGCAACAACGGAUGAACAAUCGGCAGAUGGUGCUAGAGCACGCCGAUUACGAGCCAUGCCAGAUCAGUCAAAUGAUUACAGAGUUGUUCUGUUUGGAGCCGGUGGUGUUGGGAAAAGUUCUUUAGUGCUGCGAUUUAUUAAAGGUACCUUCAAAGAGACGUAUGUACCUACGAUUGAAGACACGUAUAGACAGAUCGUAAACUGCGACAAGAAUGUUUGCACACUACAAAUCACCGACACCACUGGAUCGCAUCAGUUCCCUGCCAUGCAACGUUUGUCUAUAACUAGGGGCGAUGCCUUUAUACUUGUGUAUUCUGUUACAACGAGGCAAUCUAUUGAAGAACUUAAACCGAUAUACGAACAGAUCCGUGAAAUAAAAGGCAAUCUUCAAUUCGUCCCCAUUUACUUAGUGGGCAACAAAUGCGACGAAGAAGACAAAAAAGUUUCGUCGAGAGAAGGCGCCGAUUUAUCGUCAACGUGGGGAUGCGGGUUUAUCGAAACAUCCGCCAAAACCAGUCACAAUGUCCAUGAACUGUUUCAGAAACUUUUGGACUCAGAAAAGCGAAGAAAUCUAAGUUUAACUGUCGACGUUUGUCCAAAGAAAACAACUGACAAACGAAAGGAUAACUUGAAGUCCAAAUGCGUCAUCACGUGAUGAAAACUAAAACGGAUGACAUCUAGUCAACCGUGGAACGAUUAGAACCAAUUUAUUUUUGAAUUAUUUGUUUACUGGAUCAUACUGUAUCCAAUGUAGCAACAAAGGCAUAAGAGCGUUCAAUAAAACUUGCUAUAAGAUUUA